UCGCACAAGCACUCCCCCCACAAGCAUUACCACCGUAGGUCGUGCAUGUGCAGUUGCGCGUCCAUAGACGGCUCCACGCCUGCCCAGACAACCUCGAAGCAUUUUUGUCCUUUGGACAUGACAUAGCUCUGCCCCGGAGACCGCUUCCCUUUCCUCCCGCCGCCCGAGGGGCUUGCACUACGCCACAGCAAGCAUGGCGCUCAGGCGCAUUCCCCGAAUCCUUAUUCUCCUCGCUGGCAUCACAUCUAUUCUUUUGAUCACCGCUCUGUACAGCCAUGACUUCGGCGCAAGCUCGUGGUCUCGCGUUGUUGAGUCUUUCACGCAUUCCGACAGUGUCCAUGGCAAUCCCGAAGCCGCCGAAGGCUUUGACUUGGCCCAUAGGCUACCUUCGGCCGAGUCUUUCCGGGGCCGACACCUCGAAAAGGUGCUUGCCCUCCCCGGCCUGAGCAUCAGCGAGACGAGGAGGACGUGCAACUGGACCUCGGACCAGAAGGUCAAUUUCAUGUUCGGUGCCGACCAGGAGUGGAACGUCAAAGAGCGGCCCAGCAGCGAGAUUGAUUUCCGACGCCGCCAGUGGCAGGACUUUGUCCGCAACAGCCCAUCCUACCAAGACGUCGCGUCUCGUUUCUCCGGCCGGGGCAUCGUCGUCCUCGCCGGCAACGGCGACACGCUCAUGCGCACCAAGGUGCUCCUCCGCGCUCUCCGUCGCCUGAACUCGACCGUCCCCGUCGAGGUCCACUACUACGGCGACGAGAUGGACGACGGCAAGAAGCAGCAGCUCACCGACAUAUACGCCAACACCGUCUUCAACGACCUGGCAAGCACCGACAACGUCAUGCACCCCGGCUUCCACACAAACCUCAUCAACUACCAGCUCAAGACGGCCGCCAUCGUCAACUCGCGCUGGGCCGAGAUCCUCCUGCUCGACAGCGACAACAUUCCCGUGAUCGACCCGGCCGAGCUAUUCGACUCGCCCACGUACAAGGAGUACCGCACGGUCUUCUGGCCGGACAUGGCGCGCACGCGGCCGCCCAACCCGGCCUGGGCCAUCACCAACACCCUCUGCAGGAUGGAUGAGUUCGAGCUGGAGAGCGGCCAGCUGCUGGUCGACAAGGCGCGCUUCUGGCACCACGUGCAGCUGGCCGCCUUCAUGAACAACGACCGGGACCGGUACUACGACGGCUUCCUGCUGGGCGACAAGGACACGUUCCGUUUUGCGUGGCACGCGCUCAAGACGCGCUAUGGGAAGCCGCGGCGGUGGCUGACCAGCGUUGGCACCGUGUACGAGGGGAGGAGUUAUUGCGGGAAUUCAUUUGCCCAGCACCAUCCGGACGAUGGCCGCAUUGCCUUCUUGCAUGGUGGGACGCUCAAGACCAUGUCGCGCGCGGUGAUGCGCUGGAAUCGGGAUGUGAGGGGGGGUGUGUUCCGGUAUUACAAGAGAGCGCCGAAUGACCAGGACCCGGCGGCAGUCAAUGAUAUUGGCAUUCUCUGGAUCCAGAACGAGCAGAUUCCGGAUCUGCCCAAGGAUAAUCCCGCGCAGUGGUGUACGGAUAUGCCUGAUGUUGAGGCGAGGGAGUUGGACGAGGUGCUGCCCGGGUUUGAGGAGGUUUUUAGGGAGCUGGGGGGGUAUUGGCCGCUUGACAAGGAUGCAUAGUGAAAUUGUCGUGUAGGAUACGAAGUUGACCCGUCAUGUAGGAUAAUGAAUGGGGUGGCUACGCAUUUCACUUAUUUUGUGAUAUAUUCGCUGUUGGAGGUUCGUGGGCGAAAAAUAAUGUAAGAUUCUUCCCUAGAU